UAAAAAUAAAUGAAAAUGAAUGAUUAUUGGGAAACACAACAUAACAAACACGAAAAGAAAAAAAGAGAAAGAAACGAGAAAGCUCUUCAAAUCUAUCCUUCAUAUGAGAAAACUUCUAAAUUUGGGCCAGAAAAACUGAAAAAAUUACUCUCAGCCAGAUAUAUCCGAAAGAAAAGUGAAAAAUAAAAAUCCAACAGGUGAAGAACUCAGAUUAAUUAAUCGCUAGGGGAGUCGUAGUUUCUCUGUGAUUUGAUUCUGCUAUUUGUUUUGCCCACGCAUCUGCUUUUCCAUCUUGACUUCCCGAUUGUUUCUUCAAGACGGCUUUUUCUGGAGUUAAAUUCACGGGUUCGAUGACAUUUAUGUGAUAGAGGCUUUUGCAAGUUUGUUGGUCGAGGAUUAUCGUGAUUGCUGGUGUUUUUAAUAGCUGCAGGUUUAGAUAAAAAAGAUGACACCCGUUUGUCCUUUCACCAAAGCAUCCCGUCCUGAUGAUGCGUCUGGCAAGAGAGUUGGCGAGAGCCAAAGUAGACAGCACACAAAUGAUAACAAGGGUCAACAAGAGAAUGUGAUUUCACCAAAGUGCCCUUUUGGAUAUGACUCUCAGACAUUUAAGUUAGGCCCCCUCAGCUGCAUGAUAUGCCAAGCACUUCUCUUUCAGUGCAGUAAAUGUGUCCCUUGCUCUCAUGUAUUUUGCAAAGUUUGCAUAUCGAGGUUUAAGGAUUGUCCUUUAUGUGGUGCUGACAUUGAGAAGAUUGAAGAUGAUCUGAAUCUCCAGAGUGUCGUUGAUCGAUUCAUUGAAGGUCAUGCAAGGAUCAAGAGGUCUCAAGUUGAUGGUGAAAAGGAGGAAAAGGGAGGUGAUAAGAAAACAGUAAUAUAUGAAGAUGUGUCCCUCGAACGAGGUGCUUUCUUGAUGCAGCAGGCCAUGAGGGCACUUCGUGCAAAUAAUAUAGAAAGUGCAAAAUCAAGAUUUAGUGUCUGCGCUGAAGAUGUCAGAGAACAAUUGGAAAGUACGGGAAAUACUCCCGAUUUGUGCUCCCAGCUUGGUGCCGUUUUGGGUAUGCUUGGCGAUUGCUGCCGAGCUACUGGCGAUGCUAGUUCUGCAAUUUCGUACUUUGAAGAAAGUGUCAAUUUCCUUAUGAAAGUGCCUAAGGAUAACCCAGAGAUAACACAUACACUUUCUGUCUCACUGAAUAAAAUCGGAGAUCUAAAAUACUACGAAGGGGAUUUACGAGGAGCACGGUCAUAUUAUUUUCAGGCUUUGGAUGUUCGCCGUAAUGCAAUGAACAAUAACUCGAGUGCGCCUUCUCAGGCUAUAGAUGUGGUUGUAUCAAUAGCUAAAGUUGCUGAUGUGGAUAGAAAUCUGGGAAAUAGCGACACAGCUAUCGCUGGUUUUGAAGAGGGCGUAAAAUUAUUGGGCUCGUUAAAAAUAGGAGCUGAGGAAGUUGGACUUGAGCAACGGCGGAUUUCAGUGCUCGAGUUCCUCAACAAUCAACUCAGAAAAUAGUAAAGUGCUUACUUUGAAGCCGCACGUGAAGCAUAUGAACGGAGAACGUGUAAUGGAAAUUCAGUGAAUGUUAACUAGUUGUUUUUGUACAU